GAUAAAAUGGUGGAUUUUUGUGUUCUUUUGAAAAUUGUGUGAAUUUUAAAGUUUUUAUGUAUUUUUGAAGCGAAUUUUACUUAGAAAUGACGACUGAAGGACCCGUGAGCACUGUCGCUCCUCCAGUAAGUUAAACACUUUAUUUUUCCAAAAUUUUGCUGUUAAACUUAGGGAUAAAAUGGGAUAUUUAUGGGGACCAAACUUUCCAAUUUUCUGUAGAUUGUUGACCAAAAGGUGAAUCCUGCAUCUGAUCCUCGGCAGAUGAGGAGAAUUAUCGCUGAGGAUCCAGACUGGUAAUCUAUUAUUUUAAUUUAGUUGAAAUGCAUUGUAAAUAUGUUAUUUAUAUGUCAUAACCAGAUCUCCAGAUCUAUUGUGGGAUACAGCUUAACAGCUAUAGGGUACAUGGUUUGCACCCUUCCCCCUUGCAAUCUCCACCCCCUCCUAUCAAAAAUUUUAUUGACAUUGUGUUACCACCCACCAAAAUUACCGUAUUGUCAGCACUUGUGGUGAUGGUCUGAUGGAACAAUAUUCCCCCUCCCUGGCCCUCGUCCCAGAAAAUCCUUUGCCCAAAUCUACCCUAACCCAGUUGGGGAUAGGCCCCCUAUCUCCUUGGUAUACCUUACUCAUCAAACACUGAUGUUUUUGUCUUUAUAGGAGUCUAGCCACAGUACCAUUGCUAACUGACUUGUGCAUUAAAAAUAUCAUAACUUGUUUUGAUGGUAUGAAAUAUUGAUAUAACAAGAUUCCAUUUAGUCACAUAUUAUUAGCACUGAUGAAGAUUCGGGCUUACAGAUCGAAAGCUUUGCAGUAAUAAAUUUACUUAGUGUUUCCACAAACAAAAGUAUUAUAUGUUUUAUUGCCAUGCAAACCUACAAAAAACUUAAGAUUCCACUUCUUUAUUACCGUAUUAUAAUUAUGUUGUCAUUUAAGAAUAAACAAAAUUCUAUUAUAGAUAUUAAUGUCUUUAACUACAUUUACUUGUUUAGAGAAUCCAACUCUGAAUGAACUUUUACCGAAACAUAAGACGAAAGUCUUAGAACUUCUUUCUACAACUAUCCCACUGAAGUAAGUGUAAACAUUUUGUAUUAGAGCCAUGCAGUUCCUGAAAUUUCAUCUCGGUUUUGGUCCUUUGGGGACGAGGGAACUUCAGCUUGGUGUUGUUAGGAGUGCACCCAUGUUUUGUAUCAGUGACAGUUGCUUGAGUCUGGGAUUCUUUGUUAGGGUCACAGCUCCUCUGGUCGAGGAUGAAGGUUACUGGCAGAAAUGUUGCAAGGCAAAAUGGAAUAUAUGUGAUAUCUCAAAACAUGGCAAUAACUGGAAACGAAUGUUUUUUGAAAAGACUGUUGAAGGUUAGUUAGGUGUGAUGAACUUUGAGCAGUUGUAUGGAAAUGAUCAUUCCCAAGGGCAGGUUUUCGUGUAUUUAAAAAGAGACUACUCAGUGAGCUUUGACAGGGGUUAGGCAUUUGGGUUAAAGCCUUUCACACAAAAUAGAAGGGAUGAAGCAAAAUUUUGGUGGGGUUGAACACUUUAUUAGAGAGGUUAGAGAGAAUCUAGGUGGGGUUUAACCCCCCCCCCCCAGUAAAUCCGCCCAUGGCCAUUCCAGAAUUCAUACCUCCCCUGUAGUCUGGCAAAGAAGAAAUUGGAAGAUAGCCCCCCUACCCCCUUGGCCUUCAGAUGUCUUAAUUAUACACUUACUAUUAUCAGAAAUACUUUCUUUCCUCUCCCUCUGAACAGCAGAAUGUAAUUUCCUCUGUGGGGGAAUCUAUUGUGGCCGAUCAUAUCCUUUCUCAAAUUACCCAAUCCGACAUUUUUACAUAUUGAUUUCAUGGUUGGACCUUUUCAAAUACAUUAGCUAUGGGUUCCAACUAUUGUACAAUUUAAGUAUACAAAAGCUUUGGGUUGAUAGGGAUACAAUUACCUGAAAAAUACAAGGAGAACUUCAGUAUUACUGUUCAUCAAAUGUUAUAUACAGUAGCUUAGAUGCAAGUUGAUAUAUUUACUUAUUUCAAUGGUUGAACUUAAUAUUCUGCAUGCACAUUACAGGGAUUAUUGAAAGUUAUAUACCUGAGACCACAGAGUUCACAGAGGUAAAUGUUCUGGUUAUUUAACAGUGAGUUAAUCAGAUAUAUCUUCCAUGUGUCUAGUUAACCCAUUCAGUUGUGUUGCAAGUAUAGUAGUAUCUUACUCUGUCUAAUGCCAGAAAAUUUCACUCUUAAAUUGGCUGAUCAUCAUUCAACAUUUUAAGCCAGCUUGCCUAAAUCAUCUUUUUUCAUUGACUAAUAUUGUUUAACAAAAACUUAUUUUGUGCUUCCGGUUUCGUAUGCUGAAAAAUAGGGGGAAGUAGGUUGGGAGAUUUUUUUGAAAUUUUUUUUAAUUUUUGAAAUUUUUUGCUUCACGUUGGUUAACAUGAAUAUCAGAAUAUGAUCAGUAAUAAACCGCAUUUUAAUAAGCAAUAACUGUGAGCAAUGGAUGCGUCAUGUUGCAUCACAAGCAACGAAAAAAAAUAGGGCAUGUACUAGGUAUAGGUAGGUAAGCAAACCACAAAAAAACAUUGGGGUGAAAUUAGUUUCUCGCUUUUUUCAACUGAUAGCUGAAUGACACGUUGGCGUUAGGUGAAAGAUUCAUUCGUUCAUUAAAUAUCAAUCAACUUCUUCCUCCUGUCAAAGAAAUUAAUUUGAAAGAAGACGACUCGUCAGACACGUAAGUUACUCGUUUAAAUAUGGAUUUUUGGACUGUCGUGUGCUUUCCCCAGUUGACUUAUUAGCUCAAUUCAUUGGUAGAGCGUCAUCACAGUUUGUAUUUAACCAACAUUAAGCCUUUCAAGCUGGGAGACCCGCGGGUUGAAUCCUUGGUCGGACUUACCUUUACUCAAGGUCUUAAAAUAAUUGAGGAGAAAAAGAUACCUUUGCAGUGUUGGAUUUUCUAGUGAAUAUAUCAGUUGUACCCUUAUAGUUUAGAGACAUUGUAAUAGCAAUACUGACCUAGUAGUUUUCCUAGUUUUUUCCUAGUUUUUUCCUAAAUAGAAAACCUCUGAGCUAGUCAAUCCUAUUUUGCGUAUAAGUCAGAAUAUCAACAGCAACAGCAACAACAACAACAGUUUUCUGAUAUUUUAGCGGUAGCGACGCAGGACAAGAGGGACCUCUUCUGGAUCAUUUUGAUUUCGGAGAAUUGGUUUCCAGAACCAGUUGCCUUCAAGAACUUCAUAUUACCUAUGGGUAAGUCUAUAUUAACAGGAUGCGAUAAUUUUCAUACUUACGCACUUUUUUCAUUUUCUUCUUGUCCCAUUUCACAGAGUUUCUACAUGUGGUAUGAAUUUUGAAUGGAAUAUGUUCCAAUUCACGUCAAGAGAUUGUCAACUUCUAUCGAAGGUAACUCGAAACUCCGCGUAAAAUGGUAUAUUCAUUUAAUAUAUAGCUCAGUUGGUUGUACAAGAUUGUACAUUUCGUUUUGCAGGCUGUCAAGGCAUGCCAUACCUUAAAAGUAUUUCAUCUUCACCGGAGUCGAGUGGACGAUGACAAAGCGAGAGUUCUAAUCAGUCAUUUAUUGGAUCAUCCUUCAUUAACAACACUAGGUAUGUCGUGAUCUUGAAGUCCAGGGUGUUAGCCAGCCGGCCGUCCGACCGUCCUACGGACGGCCACUUCUAAACUCGAACGGCUAAAUUUAAUGGGCGGCCAUUGCGUGGACGGCCUAAGGGAAUAUUUUCUUUAAAUAGCAAUUUACAAGUUUUGUAAUAUUUCAUGAAUACUUCGAAUUGUUGUCAUUUGCUGUUUACUUUACGUAUGGUAUAUGUUCUCAUACUUUUUCCCGUCGAAAACACGUUGAGUAUAGUUGAAUUGAAGUAUCGACAAACGUGCCAUGUUUUUGUAAUCAUGUUGAUCACAGAAUAAAAAUCGUAUAGUUAUUCUGUGAUGUUGAUGAUUCUCGCAUGAGUAUCAUGGAGAAUAAUAAAAAAAACAGCAAUCGCUUAUCACUCGUGCGCCACGUGCUUUAGAGUUACAGUUACCGGGUAAAGAUGGCUAUAAGAUGAGCCAAACGCAUAAAAAAAAGGGAAAAAUAUCCGGGAUUCAGAAAAAAUAACUAAACACUACACUACGGUUCAUACCAUACGUGUGCGUUUACUAAUUUAAUGACGGAAAUGUGCAUCUAAAACUAAAAGUAAGAAGGUUCAACGAAUAGAACACCACAAUUCCACAACAACAUAAAAUUGCGGCCACACCCCAAAACAUGUGACCACACCCACAAAAAAUUGUGGCCACGCCCAAAAAAUUAUUUUGGACGGCCAAAUUCUGCAUCGAGUAAAAUACGUGCCAUGCUCACAAUUAGCCAUUUCCCAAAGUCCUGGGUCUAGUCGCGCAAAUCCCAUGUUGGGCUGGGACAAGAAAUAUGGUAGCACACAUUUUAAUUAAAAGUUUAAUGUGAAAAGGAGAUAUUUCAUUUUUGGUCGUCUAAAAAGUUGAUAUUUGAUAGUAGAUACUUUUACUCUUUCACAUAUCUGACGUCUGUCACCAUAUAUUUUGUCGCUCCAAACGAUCCCAGAAUGCACUGUGAUCUAUUUUGGGAAAAGGCUAAUUGUUCACAAGAUAACAUGGCUCUAUGUCAAAAAAGCGUUAGCAAGUUGCAGCAAAAUUGUUUCGUGUAACAUAGCCUCAAAUCUUACUAGAACUUGGUUCUAUAUAUUUUGGCUUUUUCCAGCGGAUGAGUAGUUUCGUACAAUUUUCCCUGUGUUCUUUUAGAUUUUUCUCACAACAAGAUUGGCGACAGUGGAGCACGUGCCAUUGGUAAACUGAUGAAUGGUCGAUGUCAGCUUGCGCAUAUCAACCUCCUAGACAACAAGAUAAAGUCUCAUGGCGGCAGGGCCAUAGCGCACGCGCUUGGCAAGAACACGACGCUACGAACAAUGAAUAUGCGGUUGAACAGAUUAGGUGAUGAUGGUGGUCAAGCCAUGUGUAAAGCUUUGGCUAAAAAUACGACUUUAGUGGAAUUGAAUUUGGGAAGUAAUGAUUUAGGGGAACCAACAGCAGCAGCAUUAGCACAGGUGAGUUGUAGCGGUGAUGGUAUAUGGUGGUGGUGAUGACGAUGGUUAAAUGAUAUGCAUAGGCUUGGUUAAGAAUACGACUUAGUGCAGUUAAAUUUAGGAAGUAAUUAUCUGGGCUGGCCAACAGCGGCAGCAUUGAAUGCAUAACAAGUUAGUUAGUGGUGGCGAUGGUAGUGAUGAUGAUGGUGGUGAUAAUGGUGAUGAUGAGAUGAUCGUGGAUAUGAUGAUUAUGAUGGUGAUAAUUGUGGUGGUGAUAAUAAUGAUGAUGAUGGUGGUGAUGAUGAUUAUGAUGAUUAUGAUGAUGAUGAUUAUGAUGAUGGUGAUAAUUGUGGUGGUGAUAAUAAUGAUGAUGAUAGUGGUGAUGGUGAUUAUGAUGAUACCGGAUGAUACUAAGUGAUGAUAGUGGGGACGAUGAUUACGAUGAUACCAGAUGAUGGUGAUGAUAGUGAUGAUGUUGAUGAUUAUGAUGACACCAGAUGAUGAUAUGGUGAUGAUGGUGUUAGUGAUAUUGGUGGUAAUGAUGGUGGUGAUAGUGGUAAUGGUAGCCAUGGUGUUGCUAGUGAUGGUGAUGGUGAAGAUGAUGAUGGGGAUAAUGAUGGUAAUAGUGUUCAUAGUGUGAUGGUGAAGAUGAUGAUGGGGAUAAUGAUGGUAAUAGCUAGUGUUCAUAGUAAUGAAUUGAACAUUAUUACUUUUUCCAGGUUUUAGUUUCUAACAAAACUCUUCGUUCAUUAAUUAUUUCCUGCAACAAAAUGGGAGAGGUAAGUUCGUUAGAUCUGAUAGAGCUACCGUAGUUGGUGAGAGCUAUAUAGUUGAUGAGAGUCCAGUCAACUUUCAUGAACUCUCAAUUGAUGAUUCCUGCUUUAGACUAAAUUUUGAUCUAGGCAAGAAGAACCAAAUCCAUCACAACAGGUCAACAGCUAGAAAGAGCAUGUUAAAAUUAGUAAAAUUGCAAAGUUUCGUUGCGAACUGUUGUAAAAUUUUGUAUUAAUUUGUAUUACGCACGGGAAAAUGCACCACUUUCGGCCCAAAUGUGGUGCAUUUUCCCGCGCGUAAUACAAAUUCACAGGGCUAUAUUUUCCUCAUUUUACAACAUUUUGCAACCAAACUUUGCCAUUUUAAUUUUAACAUGCUCUUUCUAGCUGUGGUGAUGGAUUUAGUUCUUCGUGCCUAGAUCAAAUUUUAGUCUAUAGCUCGAAUUAUCCAUUGAUGCAACUCUUGUUCUAGUUCGACCGGAACAUAAGAGUUAAGAAAACUCAUACAAACUCUCGCUUGCCAAGUCUAGUCAACUUUCAUUCUCGUUUACAGGGGUUUCAGAAUAAGCCGGCGGCCGGCGGAGUUCCGCCGGCUACUUGAACUUUUACCGCCGGCUACUUUUCGUAGACUUGGUCACAGGAAAAAUUUUAUGUACAAAGGUACAAACGAACCAACACGAUGUUUGUUAUGUUCCAAUUGGAAUUCAAGUAGGCCUCGAAUUUCCCUGAAAUCAAUCGACGGCAAUGGCAUUAAAAAUUGCCGUAGAACGUAACAGCUGCCUACGUCAAUUUUCUCAGUUUCCACAAUUCCACGGCAUUUUUUCAAAUUACUGUAAUAAAAAUUUAAUUUUAUUAGUGUUACUUUGGAUUGCUGACAAGCUAGAAACAUGUUUACGUAUUUCUUUAGUGUUUUUUUUCGAAGAAAACUGAGACUAUAAAAUAGUAAUUUACGGAUGAUUUGAUCAACAUCUGAAUUCAAGUAUCAAAAUAUUAAUGCACAGUGAACAGUUUAAAAAUUAUACUAUACGGCAAAAAAAUGCAGUCGUUGCCGCAAUGAUCCACGGCAUUUUGUUCUCCCUCUACGGCAAUUGCCGCGAUAAAAUUCAAGCCUUGAAUUCAAGCAAAACAUCACUUAUUUUGGAAGAUCAAUAAGAUAAAUUAUAAUACAUAGUACCAAACAUAGCAAAAGAAAGAAGAAGUGAUAAAGUGAAGUUCAUUACGCACAUAAGUAUAACAUCAUUUGAUUAAUGAUUUCAGACUCAUAAAUUAAUACUAUUACUGUAGUGUACAUUGUCAUUCUGUUCAUGCAGCUGUAAAAAUUAAACUACUAGUAGCACAUUAAAUUAAAGUAUUGACAUUGUCACUUACAAGUAUAAAUGCAAAUGACUUCACUUACAAGUAUAAAUGCAAAUGAGUCCAGGGUUUAUUUUAACGUGCAGUUCUACACAAAAUGUGCAGUUCUAAACCCAUUUGUGCAGUUCUUAAAACACAAAUGUGCAGUCACCAAACUGAAAAAAAUAGCCUUAAUUAAAACAGUCUUCUCAUUUGCUCGUUACCCUUGUGGAUGCUCCAGAAAAUUCCAGAAAUGCUGUCAUUAAUUGAGCAUCAAAAUCUAAACGAUUUCUGGGAGAGGACUCCAGACCCUCCUAUUUUCCUCACAAAUCACUUACGUGCUGGGGGUAAUGGAAAAGAUGGUAAAAGGCGAGAAGCUCCCCAAAAGAGAUUAGAGUGGGAGAACCUAAUAUUCUUUGCUGCCUCAAAUGCAAAUUUAAGGUUGUUAUAUAUUGAACAUCCAUGACUCCCAGUUACAUGUCUUGAAACAGUUUUUGUGAGUGGUUGGGUAAAACAAAUCUUUGCCAGAACUUAACAGCCUCUAGAUUCAAAUUGUUUUGGGGAACACCCCUAGCUCCCGCACCCCAAAUCGAGUUUGUCUGGCCUUUCUCCAAUUCUCCCUCCCAACCACACCAUUAUUCUGUCACCUUUAUGUAGGUAAAAAAUCCUUCGAUUUAUCAAACAACCGUUGCCUUCGUAACAUCCCUAUGUGUGCAGUUCUAGAUUUUUCUUAAAAUAAAGGGCACGCUCCCCUCCCCGCGCGAUUUUUUAACUAUCAGUCACAGCCGGCUGCUUUUUUUGGUACAACCGCCUACUUCAAAUCAUUCUGAAACCCCUGCGUUUAACCGGGGCUUCAAUUCACUUUCUGUUGUUGCGCUAGGAUGGUGGCAAGUCACUUCAGGAAGGCAUGGAGGAAAAUGAGACUGUAAAAAUCAUGGACUUGCGACUGACUGAAGUUGGACAGGAGAAUGAAUAUUGCAUCAAUCAGUUGUUGAAACGAAACAACGAACAGGAUAAGACUGCUGUUUGAUAUAUUUAUUUUUAAUUGUAAUAUACUUGUAAAUAUUCGGCAAAUGUAGCAUGCGUAUAACGUGGACGCUGAGUUAUUUUAUCUGACUCCCAAAGCUCUGCCGUAGUCGUGACACCGCACAAUAAGAUGUGUUUGCAACAGGCUUGUAGCAAGCUUGUCAACAAGUUUUGCCGGACAAUGUUGUUAUUUUAUCAAGUUGCUAUAAGGUUGUCACUCACAGCUUGGUGACAAACUGUUGUGAAUUGCAGGACGAUAACAAGUUGCUGGAACAAUUGUAACAAGUCUGUUGAACUCAACAACCUUGUUGCAAGUUAUCAACAAAAGAGUAAGAUUUAGGUCAGUGACAAUCUCGUACCCAGAGCAAUGCCGCGCCGGCUAGGAAAGCAUUGGCUCUGGGGAAAUUGACAACCGGAACCCCUAAAUUUAGGGGUUCCGGUUCUUUGUCGGCAUGCACGAUUGAUAAACGUUAAACCAAUCACAGCACAGGAAAAAUUCAAUUUCCCCAGAGCCAAUGUCAUCCUAGCCCGCGUACAGGCAUUGCUCUGGGUACGAGAUUGGGUCAGUGAGGGUAAGGUUAGGACCCAGUCUUAGCCACUAACUAGUGGGGCGUGGGGGGGGGGGGCAAAUGGACACCCCCUAGUAUAUAUGUUAAAUUAUGCCUUGAUGCCUGGGGCCGGUUGUAUAAAACUCUUAAUCACAUUUUUAAUCACUAUUUUGUAGUUAAACAGUGAUUAACUAUCAAAUACGCGCUUCUUAUUGGAUGACGUUUCCACUAACUAUAGUUAACUUUAAUCACUUUUUUAUACAACCGACCCCAGAACAUUAAAUUACCCAAACAUUGUUAAUUUUAGAUAACCAGAAAGUUUUAAACCAGUGUGUUUAUUUGGGCAAAAUUGAAUAAGAAGACAGUUUAAGAUUUUUCCAUAAGUUUAUAUGAAAAUUAAGCCGUUAGCUAUACCCUGUUAGUUUCAAAUUGAGCCACCUCAGCAUAACUGAACAGUAUAGUACUAAAUUGUACUAAAGUCUAAACACUUUUCGAUCUUAAGGCCCUGUCACACUAUUGCGUAUGAGAGAAACGUAUGAGAAGCGUAUGAAAAUGAAUGAAAUAAUUUUCAUACGCACAAAAAUCCUUUGAAAUGCCAGCGCGUAUGAGUACCGUACAUCUGGCGUACCUCUAGCGUAUUCAGCGUGUGCCUAGUGUAUGCUUAUCGUAUAAAGCAUACGUCCGAUACGCACAAAAUUUUUGAGCAUGCUUAAAAAAAAAUUUCCGCCUCGCCGUAUGCCAG